AUGGCGGGCGCAAUGCGAUCCACGAGUCAUUUUGCGAUCACGGCAGCGGCACUGGUGCUUCUUUCCCUCUGCGCCGCAGCGGCGUGGCCGUGCGUGGCGGCCAUGGACGGCGCGUAUCGCCCUUUCCACAGCGCUACCGGAGGCACGCCCCAGCUCACUCCGCAGCCCCGCCGUGCUGGCACUGGCAGCAGCAGGCGGCAACUGCAGGGCGUGGGGGGGGCGAUCAUGUACAAGAACAGUGGGCCGGUGAUGUUUGCGAACGUGUCGGUGAACUUUAUCUGGUACGGCGGGGCCAUCGCGGAGGAGGCGAAGCAGGCCAUGCGCAACUUCGUGCGCGGCCUCACCAACACCUCCGACCCUGCCAACACACUGCCGCUGUGGUGGAACAUCAACCGGCGGUACACCAACAACAUGCCGCGCAACGUGACGGGCAACAUCACGCUGGGGCGCGAGCUGGUGGUGGCGGGCGGGGACCUCCCCACCUACAACGCCACGCUGAGCGUCGUGAGGGACGCCAUCGCUGCGGGGCUGCUCAACCUGAGCGCCAACGAGAUCACGUUCCUGGUGACCGCCAACACCAUCGCACAGACGGGCACACGCAGCGACGCCACCAAGGCGUACUGCGUGGACUACUGCUCGUGGCACAGCUUCUUCGCGUACAACAGCACCAACAUCAAAUUCGUGUGGCUCGCCGACCCCACUGACAGCUGCAACCGGUGUGGGGCGCCAACCGAGGUGUUCAACUACUGGCAGGUGCCGCACGGCACGGCGCCGGUGGACGGGCUGGUGAACCAGGUGGCGUACCACAUGGCCGCCACCACCACCAACUGGGACCUCAGGACCUGGUCCGACUCCAACUCCUACGAAAACGCUCAGAAGUGCUACGGCUG